AAUAUCCAUUACGAGACUAGUGCGAUUUUUGCUGAUCAAUCAAUCCAACUUUCAAAGUCUCUUUUGAAGCCCCCAUAAUCCCUUGAACAAACCAUCGACAACAACACCCAAAAGUCCCUCUAGAAAUCAUUCAAGAUGGCCCGUCGCCCAGCGAGAUGUUACCGUUACUGCAAGAACAAGGUACGUACAUUUCAUUUUAAACCAGCAAAAUUAGCAGAAGUUAUGUCGAAAUGUGCGAGAUGGAUUUGAGGGAUAGCCGACAAUCGACACUUUGAUCGCUCGCCACUUUCUAUCAACAAUUUCGAACGUACUUGAACGGCGCAAAUCUACGAUCGCAGAAUCACAAUAAUUAGAAGGAAUUAGAAACUGAUCAAUUUUUCUCACUAGCCUUAUCCUAAGUCUCGUUUCAACCGUGGUGUUCCCGACCCAAAGAUUCGUAUCUUCGAUCUUGGUCGUAAGAAGGCAAAUGUCGACGAGUUCCCUCUCUGCAUUCACUUGGUAUCCAACGAGUAUGAACAAUUGAGUUCCGAGGCUUUGGAAGCCGCCCGUAUUUGCGCCAACAAGUGAGUUCAACCCGAAACAAUGACGUCGAAGGGAGGAAUUUGUUCAAGGUGGAGAUCGAAUUACAAAAAUGGAUAUUGGAAAGAUGAAGGAGGGUUAUCGAGUUUGAAACUAAUAACUCUUCAACAGGUACAUGGUUAAGUCCGCAGGAAAGGAAUCCUUCCAUCUCCGUGUCCGUGCUCACCCAUACCACGUCGUCCGUAUCAACAAGAUGUUGUCUUGUGCUGGUGCCGAUAGAUUGCAAACUGGUAUGCGUGGUGCUUGGGGUAAGCCAAACGGAACUGUUGCCCGUGUCAACAUUGGUCAAAUUAUCUUGUCCAUCAGAACUCGUGACUCUUGUAAGUUUACAUUCAAAAUUUGAUCUAUUCACAAUAUCUAACAUACAUUUUAGUCCGCCCCAACGCUCUCGAGGCCCUCCGCAGAUCUCAAUACAAGUUCCCAGGUCGUCAGAAGAUCAUUGUUUCCAAGAACUGGGGUUUCACUCCUCUCCGUCGUGAGGAGUACAUGGAGAAGAAGCAAAGUGGAAAGGUUUUGGUCGAUGGUGCAUACGUUCAAUUCUUGUCCAACCACGGAAAGUUGGCCGAUAACAUUAGACGUUUCCCAGCUGCUUUCGAGACUGAGGCAUAAACUGAGUUGUUGAUAUCAAAGGGGAAAUUCGGGGUAUGAUCAGAAAGGCGUACAUUUGCAAUGGCUGGAUUAGCAUGGUGUCACAAGAAGUGGCAGACACAAAUCCUAAUCAUUGUACCUAAAGGAAUUGAUUCUACGACUUUCAAACUCAUUAUGUUUCUUUUACAUAUCUGACGUGUCGGUGACGUGAUUAUUGGUGUUUUUGGUCUUGGAAUUAUAUCUGUGACAAAUCUAA